AACGGGCAGCAGACUCAGAGAUGGUAAAGUAGAUAACUUCAGCAUGGCGGUGAUGAGGCGAGUAGUAUAAGUUAAAGGGCAGGCCAGGGCAUCAACUGGUAUUCCCCCAGCAUACGAUAUUCUUCCUUGACCAGCUGUUACCGUGACGAAAUGAGCGCCGGGGCCGCCAUUCCUGACUUCAAGAGCCGCUGGGCCAAACGGCUUGUCCGUGAGAAGCUCGCUGCUGAACUCAACACCCUCUUGUCGCGGGAUAGAGCACUACCAUACCCCUCCUUUGGCUCCAGACCAUUCACUCAUGACCAUCUACCACAUGAUCGGAAUUAUGUGGGAGACACUCCUCGAGAAGACCUGCCUUCGCGCAAGGUCUGCAUUGUCGGUGCUGGGGUCGCAGGACUAUAUAUCGCGAUGAUUCUGGAAGACCUAGAGAUCCCAAACCUCACAUACGAAAUCGUCGAAGCAGGCUCUAGGGUCGGCGGCCGGGUGUACACUCACCAUUUUAGCGAAGAGCCUCACGACUACUACGACGUCGGCGCCAUGCGAUAUCCCAAUAUACGUAUUAUGCACCGCACCUUCGACCUCUUUAAGCGCACCGGAAUGCCGUUGAUUCCUUAUUACAUGGACGGCGGGCCGGCUUGUCCCAAGUUGUUUAAUGACCGCCUCUUCACGCCGAAUACAUGGGACCCGUACCACGUUAGUUGUCAAAACGGUGGCUCCGUACCCGACGAUGUUGUCGAUAGUGUAGCUGAAAAGUUAGAAGAGGCUUUCGGUCCAUAUAAGAAAGCGCUUGCCGCCGACUUUGAGCUUGGAUUCAUCAAACUCAUGGCCGUCGAUGACUUCAGCACCAGGGAAUUCCUCAAACGAGGCGGGCCCGACGGAGAGCAGCGGCAUUACGACUUCUUCUCUAUUCAAUGGAUGGAGACCCAGGAUACCUCGACAAACCUAUUCGAUCAAGCCUUCUCUGAGAGCGUCAUAGACUCGUUUGACUUUGACAACCCCGAGGGAGACGUCGAAUGGUUUUGCAUCGAGGGAGGCACCUCACUUCUCACAGACGCGAUGGCGCGCGGGCUCAGCAACGGUAUACAGACAGGCAAGCGGGUUGAGGAAAUUUCCAUCAACCGCAACUCGGACGAAGAGGGCAACAUGCUGAUCAAGUGCGCCGGCGAGGCGGCACCGCGCGGGGGAUACUGCACCGUCUUCAACACCACCUCGCUCGGAUGUUUGGGGCGCAUGGACCUGCGCAGCCUCGAACUGCACCCGUCUCAGAAGGACGCGAUCCGCAGCCUGCAUUACGACGACUCGGUCAAGGUGGCCCUCAAGUUUAGCUAUCCGUGGUGGAUCGUCGACUGCGGCAUCACGCAGGGAGGCGUAGCCUCGACCGACCUGCCCCUGCGCACCUGCGUCUACCCCUCGUAUAACCUCCACGACGGCGCCGAUAAGCCCGCCGUGCUACUCGCUUCGUACACGUGGUCGCAAGACGCGUCCCGCCUUGGCUCGCUCGUCAACGGGUCGCAGCAGCCCCCAGGCGAGGACGAGCUGGUCGAGCUUGUGCUACGGAACCUGGCCCGACUACAUGCGCAGCACACAACGUACGAUAAGAUCAAGGCGGCGUAUAUAGGUAUGCAGCACGCGUACUCGUGGACGCACGACCCGCGAACGGCAGGUGCAUUUGCGCUCUUCGGCCCGGGCCAGUUUAGCAACUUGUAUCCGUACCUGACGCGGCCGGCCGCUGACAGCAAGUUCCACAUUGUCGGUGAGGCGUCGAGCGCCCAUCACGCGUGGAUCGUCGGCUCCCUCGACAGCGCGUACGCUGCUGUCUACCGCUUCCUAUACCGCUUCAAGCUAUGGGAGUAUAUUGGCCUAUUAAAGCAGCGAUGGGGCAGCGUCGACGAGUUAGAAACGGGUGAGUAUGGAACGGCACAUCUACAGGUCAUGCUAGGACAGCUUCGCAAAGAAUACCACGUGAGGGUCUGAGAACGCUUUACCUAUGCAGAUGUAAUACCGAAACUAAGGCCUCCGGAACUCGGGGUCAAGGGGGUGAUUUGUGACAGACCUAAUUUGACGCAUACUAGGCUUUGUUGACUUGCCUUCUUUUUACCUCUUGUCCUGAACACCCCGGGUUUCGGUCGCAGACAUAGUCUUCGUGAAGGAUGGAAGCGGUAUAACGAGAAUAACCUCGCUUUGAGAAGGGGCUAGUUCGAAUAUAACGUGUCCAUCAUUCUAAAUGAUCCAUUGUAUGGAUAGUCAGAACAUUUCCAACCACCAAGAUAUUAACAAGCAGAGCUAACCCAGUUGGUAAAGUCAAAUACAACCCGUUCAGGAGAUUUGCAAC